AGCAGAGGUGAAGGAAGAACCCAUGGGCCUCCCGAGGCGGCUGCUGCUGUUGCUGCUGCUGGUGACGACCUGUGUCCCAGCCUCCCGGGGCCUGCAGUGCAUGCAGUGUGAGAGUAACCAGAACUGCCUGGUAGUGGAGUGUGCCCUGGGCCAGGACCUCUGCAGGACCACAGUGCUUCGGGAAUGGCAAGAUGAUGAAGAGCUGGAGGUGGUGACAAGAGGAUGUGCUCACAGCGAAAAGACCAACAGGACCAUGAGCUACCGCAUGGGCUCCAUGAUCAUCAGCCUGACAGAGACCGUGUGUGCCACAAACCUCUGCAACAGGCCCAGACCCAGAGCCCGGGUUCGUGCUUCUUCCCAGGGCCGUUACCUUGAGUGUGCAUCCUGCACAUCUUUGGACCAGAGCUGUGAGAGGGGCCGGGAGCAGAGCCUGCAAUGCCGCUAUCCUGCAGAGCACUGUAUCGAAGUGGUGACCCUCCAGAACGCAGAAAGGAGCUCGAAGGACGAGGACUACACCAGAGGCUGUGGCAGUCUUCCCGGAUGCCCAGGCACAGCAGGUUUCCAUAGCAACCAGACCUUUCACUUCCUGAAGUGUUGCAACUCCACCCACUGCAAUGGUGGCCCAGUUCUGGAUCUUCAGAGCUUACCACCGAAUGGCUUCCAGUGUUAUAGCUGUGAGGGGAACAAUACCCUUGGGUGUUCCUAUGAAGAGACGUCCCUCAUUGACUGCCGGGGUCCAAUGAAUCAGUGCUUGGAGGCUACAGGUUUAGAUGUGCUGGGAAACCGGAGUUACACCGUAAGAGGCUGCGCCACGGCUUCCUGGUGCCAAGGCUCCCACGUGGCAGACUCCUUCCUCCCGACCCACCUCAAUGUCUCUGUCUCCUGCUGCGAUGGCAGUGGCUGUAACCGCCCCACAGGGGGCGCCCCCAGGCCAGGCCCUGCUUACCUCAGCCUCAUUGCUUCACUGCUCCUGACCUUCAGACUAUGGGGCAUCCUCCUCUGGACCUGAAUCCUGAGCCGUCAGCCCUGGCUGGACCCAGGGACUUUUCACCUCUCCCCUCUGCUCCAUUUUUGAGGAUGUGCAUGCUGUUGUGUUGUCAUCUUUGGGCCUCAUUUUUUCCAUGAACCAAAAGAGAAUUAGAACAAGGGCUGCGGGCAGCAGGAGGCCUCUUGGUUACGUUAA